AUGAUGUCCUUACUCUUUCAGGCAGCGUGCGUGGCCGCAGUUCUAUGCCUUUUGUUAGUUCUGCUGGUUGCAUGGUAUCGAUCCAACUUGCCAGCCUCUGCGCAGCCCCAUGUUGCAGUGAUUGUUCUGGGGGACAUUGGUCGGAGUCCACGAAUGCAGUAUCAUGCAACUUCUCUGGCAAAGCAUGGUUGUGAAGUUUCACUCAUCGGCUAUGCGGGUGCACAACCAACUUCCGAUGUGUUGAACAACCCCCGCAUCCAUAUCCGCCACAUAGUGCCCGUGGAUCCUCCGCCUUCACUGCCCUUCACGAUCAGAGCUGGCUUGAAGGUUUUGUCUCUACUUUCAGGGCUGCUGAGGCUGCUCUUGUCAGGUCCACGGUUUGACGUCCUGCUGGUGCAAAAUCCGCCAGCGGUGCCAACUCUGGUGAUAGCUCGGCUGAUCGCGACACUGCAGGCAGCUUCAUUGAUCAUUGACUUCCACAACUUUGGCUAUUCUCUUCUGGCUCUGAAGCUGGGCGAGACCCAUUUGUUGGUGCAAGCUCACUUGCUUUACGAAAGAGUUUUUGGGCGCAUGGCAGAUGAUGCCUUUUGCGUUACUGUGCAGAUGCAAUCUCGUUUGGCAGACCGCUGGCACGUUCGUGCAACACCUUUGCAUGAUCGUCCUGCAGCCAUGUUCAGGCCGACAGCACUGCAGGAGCAGCAUGUCCUCUUCCAAAAAUUGCGGAAAGAAGGCCUUUUGGAUGCGUUAUCCGAGUGGUGGCCCAAAGAAGAAUGUGAAACUCUUUUCACGCAGCUUUUUCAAGGAGAAACCAGUCGGUCAUCAUGCCGGCCGCACCUCAUCAUCAGCUCAACAUCUUGGACUCCGGAUGAGGAUUUCGGUCAACUGCUGGAAGCCUUGCCGACAUUCAACCGCGACCUGGCCAAAGCUGCCAAGCGUGCAGUGGUGGUUGUGACCGGCAAGGGCGAACUGCGGCAACAGUUUGAGGAACGUUAUGCGGCGAUGUUGCAUCAGCUUGAUGCAGUUCGAGUGUUAACCCUGUGGCUAAGUUUUGCAGACUAUGCUUUGCUGCUGGGCAGUGCUGACCUGGGUUUGAGUCUUCACACUUCUUCAUCCGGAGAUGAUCUUCCAAUGAAGGUGGUAGACAUGUUUGGAGCUGGCCUUCCGGUUUGUGCACGAUCCUUUGCAGCACUGCCGGAGUUGGUUCGACAUGGGGAGAACGGUUUUGCCUUCACCAGCUCAGAGGAGCUGUCCCAGAGUUUGUCUCACGCCCUUGGAGUUGCGACUUACAAUUUGCCACAGCUCAAGUCCACUGCUGGCGAGCGGAAACUCAAUGGCUGGGAUGAAAACUGGGACGAGAUUGCUUGGCCGCUGAUUCAAUCACACCUUCACCCCUCGCGGAGGCGCCAGAUCGCUUUCAACAGCCUGUGUUGGAAGAUUUUAGCCACUGCCUUUCAGGAAGGACCAAUGACUCUAUCUCCCAUCUUCUGCAGCCGUGAUGUGUUUGCUCGAGACGAAGAGAAAAAGCUCACGAGAGCGCCCAUGCAACUGCCACUUUGGUCUUCCUGGUCCAAUUUCCUCGACUUUCAUAUGCAGGAGGCUUUGCAUUUCUAG